ACUUACGCUAGAAGGGAGCCCACGUCUUAAAAGACCCCACGACGCCGCUGGUUGCUGCGACUAGUCAUCUGGCACUCGGUAACUCUCACACAAUAUGGCACUCUCGAGGCUUGCAUGGAGCAGCCUGCCACUCUCAUGGCUUCUCACGACGCCACAACAGUGUCUCGUCCGCGCCGAGGGCUUCACCUUCCCUACCACCGACGUGGACGAAUUCAUAGUCGGAGACCUGGUCAAUGUCACCUGGGACACGGUCUCACCGCGCAUCUCGCUCUAUGAGACGUGCGCCAUGGCCGUCCUUUUAGAAUCCAACGUCUCCAACACACAAAGCUACGUCUGGAACGCCACCCGAGACCACUACACAGAAUCAGGUUGUGCAUUCGAGCUUGUCCCCCUGACCGACGAGGGUUCUCUCAUCCCCCCCAACCUGACCAGCGUUAGCUUCGGCGUCAACAAACGAUACACCGAUGACCCAGCACCGACCUCCUAUAACUUUGGCGACACCCCCUCCACCGCCACCUCCGCCGUAUCGACAAACACCCUUUCCUCCUCCACCACCAUCACUGCUAACCCAUACACCGCAUCCGCAGAACCAGCAUCAGCAACAACAUCAUCCUCCAUCUCCAACGAACAACCCACCGCCAUCGCAAAGGGAGGCCUCACCACCGCCCAGAAAGUGGGAAUCGGGCUCGGAGUCCCGCUGGGCGUUCUGGCAUUGUCACUGGCCGGGGCGUUGCUGUUCAUGUACCGUCGUCGACAGCGUCGGGGGCGCGGGGAUGGAUCGUCUGCGCAGCUACCAUUGCCGCCACCGCAACAGCAGCAUCUGUAUCAUAGUGUUCCGGCGAUGGCUGAGCAGCCGAAAUCCCCGUUUGACGGGUCACGGAUGUCGCGGGUGUCCGGGGCGGAGACGCUGAUUGCGGAGCUCCCGGCGGCAGAUGUGGAGGCUGAUUCGGAGAGGGGGGAUAGUUUGCGGCCGGUCAGUGAGCUCAUGGGGACGCCGAGGAAUGAGUUGACUUGAUGAUGAGGGAUGCUGGCUUGGGCGUGUAAGGUGGGAUCUGUUGGUUAUGCUCUCCCAGCGUUGAAGUUUGUUGAUGGAUCGCGAGUUGGGCCUUGGGUAUGGGGUAUGUAAUGUCUUAAUGUAAUGGUAAUAAUAAUGUGUUCGAGUCAGUAUUUACUAAACAUUAGGCUAGUACGUACUGUGUUUAUACAAA